AACAACAAACAUGGCGGCGACCAUGGAGAAUCUUUACAGGAUGCUUAAACUAUUUAAAUCAUCACAGAAAAUUGCGUCAUGUUUACAUCGUAACAUCGCCAGAGUGAAGCUGUUUAGGAACCAGUGGUCUACAAUUCAGAAAUAUUCCAUCUUAAAGUUGUCGUCAAAGCCAUCAGCCUUAACCUCCAUAACAACAGUGUGUGCUGUAAGCUGGUUUACCAAGAAGGACGGAGCUGAAUCUGAUGUAGUAAAAGAACCAUCAGUAAUGGAGAAGGCAGAUGAACUGUACAGUGUCAAUGAAACAAUAGCUUUGUAUAAUUUACUAAAAAACAACGUAGACGAGACAGAUGAUGAGAUUCUGUGGCGUUUUGCCAGAGCAUGCUGUGAUAUGAGCAAAAUGACAAAGAAUAUAAUCAGAAAGAAGGAAUACAUGUAUGAAGGAUUUGAGGUCGUUAAGAAAGCACUAAAGCUCAAUGAUAAUAACUUUGCCUGCCAUAAGUGGUUUGCAAUCCUGCUAGACAAAACAGCAGAAUUUGAAGGGACAAAGAAAAGAAUAGAAAAUGCAUAUUUGGUGAAAGAGCAUUUUGUGAGAGCUGUGGAGUUGAAUCCGAAGGACGCCACUUCUAUGUAUUCCAUAGGCCACUGGUGUUACUUGUUUGCUGACAUGUCAUGGUACACCAAGAAGAUAGCCAGUGCCAUAUUUUCAACACCACCCUCCUCUACCUAUGAAGAGGCAUUGAAGUACUUGGAGAUGGCAGAAAAAGCUGACCCAGAUUUUUACCUCUGGAAUCAUGUAUACCUGGGCAAAACAUACCUCCACCUUGGUGAAGUAGAAAAAGCAAAGUGGUACCUCACCAGGGCCAGGGAGUUCAAACGGCAAAACAUUUCACUGGACGAACAUGAGGCUCAAAUGGAGGCAUUUAGAACGUUGCUGAAUCACAAACUGAUUGAUCCAAAACAGCAGAAAAAAGAAGAGGCAACAUGAAACAAAGGGGAGUAAUUCAGGACAUAUUUCACAUUGAAGACAACUAAACUGUAUUUAAAAAGACAAUUUAGAAUUACCAAACUUCAUUGCUCUUGAAAAAUGAAAUUGUGCAGAAAACUAUUUUGAUGAAAACUGAAAGAGCCGAAAAGGAAGGAAUAUGCAGGAUUGUUGUAAAACAGUGAUCAUGAUAUGACCAAUUAUGUAGAUACCAGAUACACUGAAUAUUGUGGGUUAAUGAGGGGCAAGUACAAAUAUUGUGUCUUAGUACAGUGAGAGUAUGGAUACUGUUGUACAGUGUGUUGGUACACGUAUCGGUACAUCGAGUCUAGAAACUCUUAGAAAUUGUGUUGGUAUAUGUAUCGGUACAUCGAGUGUGGAUACUGUUAAUGUGUUGGUACAUGUAUCGGUACAUUGAGUUGGUAUAUGUUGAACAGUGUGUUGGUAUAUGUAUCGGUACAUUGAGUGUGGAAACUCUUAGAAAGUGUGUUGGUAUAUGUAUUGGUACAUCGAGUGUGAAUACUCUCAGACAUUGAGUUGGUAUAUGUUAAACAGUGUGUUGGUACAUGUAUCAGUACAUCGAGUGUGGAUACUGUUGAACAGUGUGUAGGUACAUGUAUCGGUACAUCGAGUGUGAAUACUGUUGAACAGUGUGUUGGUACAUGUAUCAGUACAUUGAGUGUGAAUACUGUUGAACAGUGUGUAGGUACAUGUAUCAGUACAUUGAGUGUGGAUACUGUUGAACAGUAUGUUGGUACAUGUAUUGGUACAUCGGGUAUGGCUACUGUUAAUGUGUUGGUACAUGUAUCGCUACAUCAGGUAUGGCUACUGUUAAUGUGUUGGUACAUGUAUCGCUACAUCGGGUAUGGCUACUGUUAAUGUGUUGGUACAUGUAUCGCUACAUCAGGUAUGGCUACUGUUAAUGUGUUGGUACAUGUAUCGCUACAUCAGGUAUGGCUACUGUUAAUGUGUUGGUACAUGUAUCGCUACAUCGGGUAUGGCUACUGUUAAUGUGUUGGUACAUGUAUCGCUACAUCGGGUAUGUAUACUGUUAAUGUGUUGGUACAUGUAUCGCUACAUCGGGUAUGGCUACUGUUAAUGUGUUGGUACAUGUAUCGCUACAUCGCGUAUGGCUACUGUUAAUGUGUUGGUACAUGUAUCGCUACAUCAGGUAUGGAUACUGUUAAUGUGUUGGUACAUGUAUCGCUACAUCGGGUAUGUAUACUGUUAAUGUGUUGGUACAUGUAUCGCUACAUCAGGUAUGUAUACUGUUAAUGUGUUGGUACAUGUAUCGCUACAUCGCGUAUGGCUACUGUUAAUGUGUUGGUACAUGUAUCGGUACAUCAGGUAUGGAUACUGUUAAUGUGUUGGUACAUGUAUUGCUACAUCAGGUAUGGAUACUGUUAAUGUGUUGGUACAUGUAUCGCUACAUCGCGUAUGGCUACUGUUAAUGUGUUGGUACAUGUAUCGCUACAUCAGGUAUGGAUACUGUUAAUGUGUUGGUACAUGUAUCGCUACAUCGCGUAUGGCUACUGUUAAUGUGUUGGUACAUGUAUCGGUACAUCAAGUUUGGAUACUGUUAAUGUGUUGGUACAUGUAUCGCUACAUCGGGUAUGGAUACUGUUAAUGUGUUGGUACAUGUAUCGGUACAUCAAGUUUGGAUACUGUUAAUGUGUUGGUACAUGUAUCGCUACAUCGGGUUGGAUACUCUUUAACAGUGUGUUGGUACAUGUGUAGAUAACGGUUGUGUUAGGAACGCUGAACAGUUGGUGGAUUUCUUGUGUAAAUGUUGAAGACCACAUGAUUUACGUGUUGUUGUGGGAGUUGCAUAAUGAAUACAAAAUGUAUGGAAUUAAAAAAAGUUUUUCUCCCAUUAAAUGGAGAUCAUAUUGUAUGUAUUCUUCUUUUCUUCAUCGAUGAAGAGAUGUGUAAAGUGACUGAUUGUUGUGAAUAUAGAUAUUUAAUGAUUUUAUGGAGAUUAAAUAGUAUCUACAUAUAUUUUAAGA